AUGCAGCUGAACCUCCUCACCGCCGUCGCCGGCUACUACGCAGACUACGUCGACGCGGACGCGCCGCAGCCGUCUGACAUUACCGCGUCGCGUUCACGUCCUGCAGCCGCGGCGUCCCUCACGUCGAAUCUCUUCCUCCGUUACUGUCAGACUCGAGCGACAACUACAGCAGCAGCAGCAGCAGAUCGAAACGCAACCCCGACUCGAUGUUCACGUCCGGGCACCCUUUCCAAGGUCUCUUCGUGUUCUACGGACGAUGCGGUCUCAGCCGUCGCUACAUCGGCGAGUUCCCUCGCGCACAGCGUCCCGCUCGCCUUCAGUGCGGCGCACCCGCUCGCGCGACUGGCAGCUGAGCGCAGCCCUGCCGGGUACCGUAGCGGCGGCCUGCUCAUCUGGGACCGUCCGCUGAGCGCUGCAGCGAUGUUUCCUGGCGCCUAUCACGCACCGCACCGCAAUGAAUCCCACCCACCUCGCUGGGGUCGGUGGGACAGCGCACGACAGCAUGAGGCGAGAGCAGGAGAUGUCAGUGGAGAGCACAGCAGCUCUUCCUCUGCCUCGGGUAGUCGCAGCAGCUCGCGAUCCUCGUCUGUCGCCGGCUCUUCCGGGACGCAACGCGUGGUGCCACCCGCACCGCUCUUCUUCUCCCAAGCGAUGCGUCGCCGCGUUGGCGUCGGCGGGGCGGCACCGGCAGCACUCAACGGCGGUGGUGACGUGGGCGAAGGCACGACGGUGUCUCCGCGUGCUCUGGCGCAGCGGGAGACGUGUGCGCUGCCCGCAACGGCCAAGAUUGUCGUGGUGUUGCGGCUGUACGAUGUGGAGUAUCGCUCGGCACCGUCCAGGCAGCGUACGAGCCGAGGGGGGUAUUCGAACGCGGAUGACGGCGCCGACUCCGACGCCGACGGCACCGUCUGGCGUAUGAUGCAGCCUGUGCUGUGGUGGUUGGAGCGCUCUGUGAGACCCGCGGACGAUGCAGCGUCUGUCGCGGCGGCCGCACCGCGGGUCACGUCCCAGGUGCCUCCGGCCGACCACCACGAUAAAACUGUCGGUAGCGAUGCUGACACAACCGAAGGAGGUCGAAGUGCGUCUGUCAGUGGGAGGGCAGCGGAGCCGGACGCUUCCCAAAACCUCUCGUUGUGUUCCUCACCCUCCUCGUCGGGCUCCUCUCCCUCGUGGGAUUCAGCGGCGGCGGCGGGGCCACCACCAUCACCACCGAAGCUCGCCUGUGCGAUCCGCCUUUUCAUCUCUCCGUGGGCCAUGCCUCGACGACGUCGCCGCCUCGUUGUCGAUCUCUGCCACGACAACGACAGCGGCAGUAACAACGGCGACGUCAACCGUCAUACAUCGCACCCCCCUGCGUCCUCAGAGGUGCGGAGUCGCUGGUGUCCGCAGGCGCUCGUCGAGCUCGGCCUGUGCGGUCCCGGCAGCGACUCCCCCGUCCUCUUCAGCGCCGCGACCUUUCUCGCCGCCCUCGCAGUCAAUGCGAGUGACGAUGAUACCGAUAACGACGAUGGUGGUGGCAGAGGCAGCACGCGCCGUCACGCAGCGGACGAAGAGGCGCAGCGGCGGCGACGGCGGCUGCACCGUCACCAGCGCAGCACCAGCGGUGCGGUGGUGCCCGCCUUUGGACCGUUCCCUACCCCGCACGUGCCGAGCGGUCCGCAGUGGCCGGGCGGGGGUGGGGGGCGUCGUGGCGUGGCGACGUGGCGCACUCCUGCCUGUGCCACCCUGCACGUUGACGGACACACUGCUAUUCAUACGAGUACGACGACGGCAGAAGCGCCAGCGUCGGCCGCGUGGUCCGACGAGGAGACGCGUUGGGGGCGGCGCCCGCUGUUGGAGCUUUUCGGCCUCGAUGGGGUCUGGGGCAGCUCCGCGGCGGGGCGUAGGAUCCGCCGUGAUGGCAGUUUGAAUGAGACAGAAGAGGACGACGACGACGAAGAAGUGGCGGAAAGGGAAGAUAGCGGCAACGGGUUGCCGGGAGCGGGGCGGGCCUGGUCAUCGCGCCUUGCACCGCCCCCCUCCCUCCCCGUGCCGCUGCUCCCGCUGCACACCCUCGACUUGAGUUUUCGCGCCGACCUUCGCGACUUGGAGGGUCUCCUCCGCCGCUGGGCCGCCACCGGUCACCUCUCUCGCCUUUCACGCCUCAGCCUGAUGGGUUGUAUCCAGCUGCGUCGUUUGGACGUGUUGGCCGAUAUGCCGGCCGACACGCUGGAAGUGUUAAACGUAUCCGGCUGUGAGGAGCUGCGUGACCUGCGCGCCGUGCGUCGGCUCGGUGCCCUGCGUUCGCUGAAGGCGACGCAGCUCAUGCAGCUGGAGCGGCUUGGGUGGUGGUGGUCGGAUGAAGGAGGAGAACACCCAACACACGCUUCAUCCAACUCAAAUGGAGAGGGUGCGGCGGUAAUGGCGUCGUCGCUUUGUUGUCUCCGCCAUUUGGUGGAGCUGGACCUCGCCUGCUUCCGUCGGCGUACGCACUGCCUGGAGGAUAUUGACUGGAUCGGGGCGCUGCCCGCGCUGCAGAAGCUGGCCCUCUCCGUGAGCGAGGAGGAGGAUCCCGUGCGACAGCCGGUACACAUUGCCCGAGACAGAGACUACGCACAGCACGAGACGACGGCACCGGAGUCGCAUGGCUUUGCGCGCUUGGCGUGGCUCGCCGGUUGCGGCAAUUUGCGCGAGCUGCGUCUUGCCUUCCGCGAUGGUCCGCGCGCCGGCACGGCAGGCGGGGCAACGAGGCAGACGCGCGCCUCUUCUUCCCCUCCCCCUCCGCUUCUGCCUUUUCUGGCCGUCGGCUACGCGGAGCAUCGUGGUGCCCAAACCACGGACGCCCCGCCCUCCGAUUUAGAUGUCCUCUCCUUCUGCCCCUUUCCACAUCUGCGUGUGGUCGAGCUGAUCAAGGCGAUUCUGACGGAGCACUUCACUAGCUGGCUCGCGGAAGGGUGUCCGCGGCUGCGUGACGUCGAUCUUAUCAGCUGCACGGUGCGCUGCUCCGCUGCCGGGUUCCAUGAGGCACAGUCAGCGCACCGCGCGGUGCCGCUAGCGACGGUCGCCCCAAGAACCACAACCGCCGCACCGUCCUCGACAAUGCAGCACAGCAGUGCGGAUCGUCGUGGUCCGCCUGCUCGCGCCCCGCCGCCACUUCCGCCGCCGUCGCUGCGGCAUCCUCCCACCCCUUCUCCAACAGCAGCCGGCGUCACGGCAGCUGCGACUCCUCCUCCGUCGCGCGUACCGUCGAACCGCGCGCGCUCCGUCGGACACCGUAACUUUCGCCAUGACGGCCACCUCAUCCACAACGAUCACAACGGCGACAACGGUGACAACGACGGCGAGGACGCGCAGCAGCGCCGCAAGGAUGAGCAGUGGUGGUGGUCGCAGCUCUGCCGCCUGCGCCACCUCCGUCGCCUCAGCGUGUACGACCUGGAGGGACUCGCAAGCGGCAGCUCGUUGGACUGGGUCGUCGGCUGCACGGCGCUGCGUCACCUGGGCCUGCGGAAGUGCCGGUGGCUGCUCGACGCGUACGCCGUGCACCGACUGCCGCGGCUGCGCACGCUAAACUUGAACGCAACCGGCAUUGACGACCUGACGUUUCUGCGCAUGCGAGAUGGGACGAUGGUGCACGGGCCGCCGCUGUCGCCAUCCGGCGCGUCAGCGAGCACGACACACCGCACACACCGAAGGCGCCGAGAGCAUCGCGGAGGCGGCGACGACGACGCAGAAGAGGGGCGGCGCGCACGUGCAGGGGGGCGCGAGGCUGCCUGCGACGGUCAGCGGCACUCCGCCGUCUCCUCCCCCUCCCCCUCCCCCCUUGGCUUCUUCCGGCAGCGUCCGCCUGCGCUGAGUCACCUGACGGAGCUCGUGCUGGUGGACUGCGCCUUUCUCUCGGACCUGAGCCCGAUCGCUUACCUCACCUCCUGCAGGUCGCUCUUCGCCUCCGACCACCUUGUGACGAGCCUCGACCACCUCGCCACCUGUGUCGCGAUGGAGAAGCUGUACCUCAUCAACUACGCGAAGCUGACGGACAUCGCGGCGCUGCGGUGGCUGUGGCGGCUGCGUGUGGUGUACAUCACGCACAGCAGCGUGCGGGACGUGCGUUGGAUGGCGCAGCCGGUGACGCCGCGAGUGGAGUUCGUGUCACACAGGUACGGCGCUGACCGCCGCACCAGCAGCAGCGGCAGCAGCAGUGGAAGCGACGAGGCCGACGGCUCCGCUGUCGGACCAACACGCAGAGAGUGGGCGUGCAACGAAGCAGACGACGCAGCGCGCGUCCUGCCGCGGCUGGAGGUGCUCACGUUAGCCUAUUCUCGGCUCUUAACGGACGUCAGCGCUCUUGGAGCGUUGCCGCGACUACGCCAUUUGGACCUGCGCGAGUGUGUCAACCUCUAUCAGCUCGGCUCCAACCGACGCAGCACUAGAACACCCGCAGCGGUGCCGUCGCUAUCGUCGACGCGGAGUGCGUCGAUGCCCUCAUCGCCCUUUGCGUCCUUUUCUUGGAGCCACAUUCUACACGGCAGACGAGGGGCGCAGGACAGCAGCAGCAGCAGCAGCGACAACAGCAGGGAGUGGUCCGUGCGCUCCCUCACGACGCUGCCGCUCUCGUGGGCCGGCAUCGCAGCAGAACACCUCGUCGCGCACCUGCGUCGCUGGCAAUCGACCGCCGUGUCGGGGUGGGUUGCCCGCCGUGAUGUCACACCUCCAGCUGGGUCCACGGCGAGUGUGCCAACGUCCUCCACGGGCACACCGACACCACCACCACUUGGGACAGCACAUCGACACCCCGUCACCUCUGCGUUGUCCUCCUACCGGCUCCGAUCCACUCCGCCAAAGCAAGCCAUCACCCAGUGCAGCAUCGCUGACCUCGCGCCCACCCUACGCUACUUGAGCCUUUCCGGCUGCAGUGCCGUCGUCGACGCGGCGCCGCUCGGGGAGUUGCAUCAUCUACAGUACCUGCACGCCGUGUUCACCGGGAUUCGCGAGGUGCGGUGGUUGCGGGGGUGCACGUCGCUGAAGGUGUUGGACCUGACGAUGGCGCCGUGUUGCACGCCAAGUGCGCAGUCCGCGGCAGCCGUUGCGUUCUUGGCUCGCCUGUCGGACGAGCUGCCGGAGUUGGAGAUUGUGAACGGCCGCCCCGUGGAAAGGAACUUCCGCGCGUGGUAG